AUGGUCGACGUCCCGUAUAUACCACCCCCUCCUAAAAUACCAUCAGACAGCUUGGAGAUCCCUGAAAGUAUCGUUUCAGAGACUGUGAAUGCUGUGAACGCUUUAGGUGAACCAACAUUACAAUCUCUUGGGUUGGGUUCAUGGAGCCCAGUUGGUAUGGUUCAACAGCUUACAGAGUUCCUACACAUCUCCCUUGAUAUACCAUGGUGGGGAGCAAUUUGUCUGUUAACUGUUUGUCUAAGGGUUCUUAUGUUCCCUAUCUUUAUCAAAUCACAAAUCAAUGCUGUUAAUUUACACAAUAUCAUGCCCGAAAUGACAAGACAUCAAGCAAGAUUCACGGAAGCGAAAAGAUCGCAGGAUAUGAUGACCAUGGCAAUGGCUCAUAAAGAUUUAGUAGAUUUUAUGAAAGAGUCAAAGUUUUCACCAUUUAUGAUGAUGUAUCCUAUGUUACAAGCUCCAGUGUUUAUCUCUGUGUAUUGGGGGCUUAGAGGAAUGGCUAAUGCUCCAGUUGAAAGCAUGAAAGAAGGAGGCAUGUUGUGGUUUACAGACUUGACCCUUUCCGACCCAACUGCUCUACUUCCAGUUAUUUGUUCUGGAUUGUUACUGGCUACAAUGGAAGUGGGUGCUGAUGGAGUACGAACUGAAUCCAUGACAACCAGUGUUCGGUGGUUAAUGCGAGGACUGCCGAUUGUGUUUAUACCAAUCAUGAUCAAUUUCCCGUCAGCAGUGUUGUGUUACUGGGUAACAUCUAAUGUAAUUUCUUUGGCUCUUGUAUCCAUCUUGAAAAUACCAGGUGUGAAGCCAUUUUUCAAAAUUCCAGAACGAAUUCGGCAUCCUAAGCAGUUGAAGUCAACUACCGUAAAAGUGCCCAUGUUCAAAGGGAUCAAAGAGAAUUGGGAAAAUGCGAAAAUACAAGAAAGAAUGAGAAAAAAAGAUGCUAUGGACUCAAACAUUUUCAAACAAGCUGCCUCAGGACCAAUACCUAAAACAUAUAUUAACGAUCCUACAGGCGGUAAAGCAACUAAAACUAAGGAAAGCCCAAAUACAUGGAAGAUGCCAUGGUCAAAAAAUAAAUCUGACUGA